UCUCUGAUCGCCUGUAAGUUCCCAGAUCUGACAUCAUGGUGCAUUUUACAGCUGAGGAGAAGGCUGCCAUCACUAGCCUGUGGGGCAAAGUGAAUGUGGAAGAGGCUGGAGGCGAGGCCCUGGGCAGGCUCCUGGUUGUUUACCCCUGGACCCAGAGAUUCUUUGACAACUUCGGCAACCUGUCCUCUACUUCUGCCAUAAUGGGUAACCCCAAGGUCAAGGCCCAUGGCAAGAAGGUGCUGACCUCCUUUGGUGAUGCUAUUAAGAACAUGGACAACCUCAAGGGCGCCUUCGCUAAGCUUAGUGAGCUGCACUGUGACAAGCUGCACGUGGAUCCCGAGAACUUCAGGCUCCUGGGCAACGUACUGGUGAUCAUUCUGGCUUCUCAUUUUGGCAAGGAAUUCACCCCUGAUAUGCAGGCCAUGUGGCAGAAGCUGGUGGCUGGUGUUGCCACUGCUCUGGCCCACAAGUACCACUGAGUCUUCCUUCCAGUUCAACAGUGCUCUUUUGUGUCCACAGGGCCCUCCUUCUGCAUAUGGGGACUUGCGUUUGGCCUUGA